AUGGCGCCAGUCGACACUGUCGCAUCUACGCGCAGCAACUCGCUACCCAUCGCCCUCUUCGGCGGGCAGGUACUCCUCGUUACAGUGCUCACAGCUCGUGUACUUCUCACUACUCGACGUGCCGCCAAAUCUCAGCCGCCGUCAACACGCACUCGAUCGCAAGACUCGGCUCGCCGUCGUCAUGCCAUUACCUUCUCCAUCAUCGCGCUCCUUUCACUACUCUCGGUAGGAAGCUUCGCCUUCCUCUGGCGCGCUAUCUCAUACGUUCGUUGGGCCGGAGAGAACAAACAUGACGUUCCAGGCAGUCUAUGGAGCGGCUGGUACGGCACUGGAGAGGAAGGACGCUGGUAUCUGGCCGACUGGAUCGCCGAUAUAGAUCUUGUUCGCGAGUUCGACAAGGUUGGAAUUAUGAAGCCUGAAGGGUUCCUUUAUACCAGCCAGUACUUUGUCGGACUGAUUGCAAGCUCCAUCUUCAUGGGCGCCGAAGGUCGCAGGCGCAAUCUCUCAAACACAACAAUCGCGUCAUUUGUACUGCUGAGUUCAAUCGGGAGCUUGGGAUAUGCCUUGAGCUUGUUUUUCAUCACCAUCUUGUAUACGCCUUUAACCAUACACCGCAAUGACACCCCACUACACGAUGCGCUGUUCACCCCAUAUGCCUUCGUAUACGACACGGGCAUCGUUGCGUCGCUCAUCACGCUCAAUCUCUUCCCUCAAUUAGUCUCCGAGUUCGGCGACAAGAGCAUGAUGCGACUGGGAUAUCUGACCAUGCCUCUCGCCUUUGCUUUUGCGCCACAACUGGUCCCUUACGCUCUCGGCCACCAGCAUACGUCCAAGGCGGCGGCUCAUCGAUCAUACGCCAAAGUCUUCCACGCCCUGUCAAUCGCCUCUAUUCUCGUAUACUGGCGUGUGUGGACCACUCUGGUCUAUGUGAACAGACCCACCCAGCGCUCUCACGUCUGGGAUCUCUUCUCAAACUCGAUCGGCAAGAGCGACUUGGCAAGUACAAAUAGGCUUCUCACUAGCAUCAGCAACGCGGGUCAGGCUCUAAAGCAUAUCAGCGUGCACCCGGCUAUCAGUGUCACAAGCCUUGAUGUUCUUUUCGCAGCCAUCAGUUUGUUGACGUGGUCCUUCACGCGCGAUCUAGACGUGCAUGCUAUCCUGGAAAGCAGCAUAUUAUCCUUCCUUGUUCCGACUCACGAGAAGCACGUUAGCUUCAAGCAAGACCUGGCUAGGGUUAUGGAACACGCAAGCGAACCCUCCUCGCCGGUAGGACUCGCAACAUCGGGGAAGCCCGGACGUCCCGCUAAGAGCUCUGCCGUCAAUGGUACAUCCAGCGCAGCGCAUUCAGGACCCACAGGUGCGUCUCUGCGGCGCAGCACAAGGGGGAAAGCGCGUAUCUCGGACGUAGAUUCGGACGCGGACUCGUUUGCGGGUGAUCCUGAUGCUACCUACCAGCCAUCCGAGAAGACCAAGCGAGCUGUGCAGGGAAUGGAAUCUGACGGCUCUGCGCCUGAGGGUGAUCUAGUUCACGCUGGAGAGUCGACUGCGCUAGCCCUAUUCCUCGCCUUCUUCGGUGGACUGGGGCAGUUGGCUGCAGGUACUCUAGGUGCCGAGGUGACGGGCCCGCGAGACUGA